GCCCGCAGGCAAUAUAUUUGCCAAUAGCCCCACGAUCGAAAAAUACCAUGUCUUAUGAAGAGAACUUUACCGGAAUCCCUCCGUUCCCAGAUGAUGUUCUUUGCACGCCGCUUCUGCGUCUCUCGAUGGAAAAGCUCAUAGCCCAUGACGAGACUGAAGUGCAACGUUUUUAUACCGCAUGCAAGGACUUGGGCUUCUUCUAUCUGGACCUACGCGGCCACGAAAUCCUCGAAGAUGCCAAUCAGCUCUUUACCACCGGAGAGCAGCUGUUUGAGCUAGACCUCGACGAGAAACGACGGUAUGAUUUUAGCAAAGAAAAUUCAUACUUCGGAUAUAAAGAACUUGGCGCAGCGGUCGUUGAUCCGCAAGGGAAUUCUGAUAGGAAUGAAUUCUAUAAUGUUUCCAAAGACGAUAUUCUUGGAAUCUCAGAAACGCUACCAGCACCUGACCUCCUCAAAGAAUGUCGAUCACUUUUCAAAUCAUUCAUAAUCAAUGCGCACAACAUCGUAACCAUGAUCCUGAACCUUCUAAAUGACAGUCUCCACCUUCCCCCAUCUACCUUAGCCAACAUGCAUCGCCUCCACGCUAUCAGUGGCGACCAGGUACGAAUAAUUAAGGCGCCACCGCAGCCGGCAGACGACAGACGCACGUCGAUAGGUCAACAUACAGAUUUCGGCAGUGUAACCGUCCUCUUCAACCGAGUGGGUGGCCUACAAAUCCUGCCGCCAGGCCAGGACGCGGAGUGGUGUUACGCGCGGCCCCUGCCGGGCCAUGCGAUCAUAAAUUUAGGCGAUGCCAUGGUUAAAUUCACGAACGGACUGUUACGCUCUAACAUUCAUAGGGUCGUGUCUCCCCCCGGUGCACAGGCUGAGACUACCAGAUACAGCCUGGUGUACUUUGCACGACCAGAAGAUGAUGUCAUUCUCAAGCGGCUGGAGGGAAGCGAUUGUAUCCCGCCACUUACGCUGAGAGACGAGACCGGGGCGGUGGUGGAGGAAGAGGAGAUCAGGAGCAAAGAUUGGAUUAUUCGUCGUGCGUUAGGGAAUCGGCGGGCGCUGCAUAAGGAGAUUGAUUAUGCACAGAGUAUGGGCACGGAGUCGAUGAGUCGGAGAAUAUAUGCCUAAUUUGUUUUAAGAGCGUUUAUUUCGUUGUGACCGGUGGUACUCAAUGUUGUCGCAAAAACGAUGUGCGCAGGAUGAAGACUGUUGAUUAUAGUCGACAAUCUGCAUUUGCCGAAAAUACUCCUUUUAUCUGAUGAGCAGAUAUUUCCGACACUAUUAAGCGGGGUGAAUUGGAUCCAAGAAAUAUACUCAUGAUCAAGAAGCAAAAAGUAUAUAUGUAUUCCCAAGCCUGGGUCGUUUUCAUGAUUACGCAGUACAUAUGUGACUUUUCUCAAACCUUGCCUGGUUGGAAGUUGUUGAACUUGGUGUUCUCAAGCUAAGGAAAGGGGUACGUAUGCAGUAUGGGGCUAGAUUCAAGUCCACCACGGACAGCCACCAAGAAUGCAAUCAAAACAGCAUCGAAAAAACAGGGAAUAACAAAUAUCUUAAGUAUCGUAUUUGCGAUAAAUAGUUUUUUUACUUUUUUUACCCCUCGCGUCCUGGAUAUAUGUAGGAGUUUAGAGCAAGCAUCAGAAAUAAAAAAUCAAGGUAGCCGGUCCAU